AUGUGUGCAACUGGUUUAUCAAUAGCCACCGGUAGUCUGCUCAUAUUAUCUAUCACUAGUUGCAAGACAACCGGGUGUGUCUGUACAGCCAUCCUGCAAGCCAAUUAUCAAGAUGAUUUACAAGGCUUAGGUGAUGCACACCCGCACGCGCGCACGCACACACACUCACUGUGGUAUGUGCAGCUACUUAAAACCAAGUUGGCUCGGCUUACCCAGGUGAAAGUAUCCAAGGCAUCCGAAAAGAUGAUGCGUAACGAUGUGAAUCAGGCCGAUAUCAAAAAGGUGGACAUGCCUGACGAGAUGCGGGACUUCGCACUGAAGGCGGCCACUGAAGCGCUUGAUCGUCAUAAGGAAGACUGGGAGGUUGGAGCUUACGUGCGAGAACGAUUUGACGAGAAGUUUAAGCCGGCUUGGCAUUGCAUUGUCGGUAGAAGUUUUGGUGGAGGUCGUCGAUCACGACAGGAAUCGACGUGUAAUGAGACGAAAAUAGUGGGAAGUGUCGAAGAACGAGAGCCAGAUGUCAAGGUGAACCACUUCGCUGAUGGUAUCUACAGUGGCUCUGGGAUAAGUUACACGGAGACAAUGCAGACAGUUCUUAGCAAAUCUUGGCUCGCGACCGUCUUCAAGAAGACGCUGGUACCUCAGAGCACAACUGCACAUGUGGCCGAUUAG